AUGUGAUUAACAGAGCGAGCGCGCAGAACGCACCGACAGACGGACUGACGGCUCCGCUCUUCGGUAUUUGAGCUGCGCUCGGACUCGGAGGAACGAUGUCUGUGGUGAAGCUGGAGAAGUGUCGAGAGCACAUUCGAGAACAGCUGGACAAUGUAGUGGACUUCUGGCUCAAAUAUUCUCAUGACACAGUACAUGGAGGCUUCUUCACUUGUAUUGGGAAGGAUGGCAAGGUUUAUGAUGAGCUGAAGUACGUGUGGCUGCAGGGCAGACAGGUGUGGAUGUAUUGCCGCCUGUACCGAACCAUGGCUCGCUUCCACAAGUCUGAAAUCCUUGAAGCAGCAGUAGCUGGAGGAUCAUUCUUGAGAAAGUUUGCUCGUGUGUCCAGCAGCAGCGGUCACUGGAAAUGUGCCUUCUGCCUGACAAGAGAUGGUAAAGCGGUCAAAGUUCAGAGAACGAUCUUCAGUGAGUGUUUCUACAUCAUGGCCAUGGAUGAACUGAGCAGGGUAACUGGUGACAAGGAUAUGCAGCUGGAAGCUGAGCAGAUGAUGGAACAGGUGAUCCACUGGGUUCAGGUAGAUUCAUCAGGCCUGGGCCGACCCCAGCUUCCCGGGGACACUCCCAUCAACAGUAUGUCAGUUCCCAUGAUGCUCCUGUGUCUGGUGCAACAGCUUACUGAAGGCCGUGGGCAAGAGGUUGCUCAGAAGUACAGAGAACUGGGAAGCUGGUGUGUGCAGCAGAUCCUACAGCACAUUCAGAGAGAUGGAACAGCUAUUUUAGAGAAUGUAUCAGUGGAUGGAUCUGAGUUGCCGGGUUGCCAGGGCCGACUGCAGAACCCAGGCCAUGCCCUGGAAGCAGGCUGGUUCCUGCUGCUGUACAGUGCACAGUGGAAGGACGAGGAGAUCCAGAGAACUGCCAUUAACAAAUUUGUGGAGCUCCCUUUUCAGUGUGGCUGGGAUAAAGAACACGGUGGCCUCUUCUACUUUCUGGAUGUGGAUGGCCACUGCCCCACACAGCUGGAGUGGAGCAUGAAGCUGUGGUGGCCUCACAGUGAGGCUCUCAUCGCUUUCCUCUUAGCCUACAGUCACACCAAGAAGCCAGAGCUGCUGGAGAGAUUCUAUCAAGUUUACCAAUACACUUUUAGCCAUUUUCCUGAUGCUGAGAGUGGUGAGUGGUUUGGCUAUUUGACACGAGACGGGAAAGUAGCACUGGAUUUUAAAGGAGGGCCCUUUAAAGGCUUCUUCCAUGUGCCCCGCUGCCUGUACAUGUGUGAGCUUCUUUUGGAUGACCUGCUGGAAAACAAGGACUGAACAGUCUGACAUAAAUGUUCUGUUAAAGGGAUUGAACUCGAUUUGUGCGUCUAUGCGUUACUUCCACCACAAAUAAUCAGAUUAUAAUGCAAAAUUACCCAAUUCUUUGUACAGUUUUCUUGUAAGUUUGAGUUAUAAUCUCACCUGAGUGGCAAUAAACACAGAACAAAAUGACAUAAUGUGCACUUACAAAAAAGCAAAAUAAGGGGACCCACAGCGAUGCCAGCCCAGGGAUUCGAACCUCUCGGUGAUGAACCCACUUCUUCUCCCCUAGGCCACCACUCCCCCUUGGACAAACUAGCAUAAUUUUAAAUGUAAGGAUUUAAAAAAUAAAAAAGGUUUCAAAUGAAGUCUAGAAUCCAUGGACAUCACCAAAUGCUGCAUUUCAUCCUUUGAGCGGCUCUGUCAGGCUUUUACUGCAGCUGCCUUCAGUUGCUGCUUGUUUGUUGGGCUGACACCUGAAGAAUAUUGCAGUUCUUUGCCUUGAGAAGGGUUAGCUUUAGCCUUGUGCUUUGGAUCAUUAUCCAUUUGCACUUUGAAUCACCGUCUAUCCGUUUGGCAGCAUUUGGAUGAAUCAGAGCAGAAUGUAGGAUUCACGCUGCUCUGUCAGCAGUCACAUCAUCAGGAAACACGACUGGCAGCCGUACACGCCCGUGCCAUAAUACCGUUUUCACCAUGUUUGACCCUUUACAGGCUACACAUUGAAAUUCCAAAUUUCAACCAUUGAGUGCUAUUGGAGGACAUAACAAGACUCGAUUACUUUUGUGACAAUUUUCUAAAGGUUUCAUUUUCAUGUAGAAAAUCAGGGUCAGUGAAGUUACUGUAUUUGGUUUCUUGCCCGAAGUGAUAAAAAAAUUGUAUAUAUAAAAGAUAAAAUAUAUGGUGAAAAGAGCGUGUAUUUUAGAGCGCUGCAACAGAUUCAUCACAUCAUCAGUUUUUUUUUUUUUAACAGUACGCACAUUAUUACCUUACACAUUAGGCCAGUUUUUCAAGACCACAUGCUUCUUCACAUCACUGAGCCACAGAAUGGGUGUCAUAUAUAAAGUGCAGAAAUGAGCAAAAAUAGUCACUUGCCCAAUAAAGGAUCAACAGGUGAUGUGUUAUCUUUCAGAUUAUAAGCUGUUCCUUUCCCUCUCCAGGUUAAUCUUGGUUUCAUCUGUCCAAAGAUGUUAUUUCCAGAACUGAGCAGGCUCUUUCAGAUGGUUUCUAAGUCUAAUCUAACCUUCCUGUACUUGAGUGUAACUAGUGGUUUGCAGCUUGUUGUAAAUCCCUUUUUUCCAUUCAUGAAGGCAUCUCUUGAUUCGUACUCUUAACUCUUGACUUGGCUAGAUUCUGUGAAGUUUUUCCCCGCUGGGCUGGCCAGUGCAUUCUUUCUUUCUAAAGUUGUGUCCACACUGGAAGCAAUUCACAGUGAUGUGUGAACUUCUCUGGUCAAUCGGCAACUUCAAGUGAAAAUUGCUGGCAGUGCAAAGUGGGCGGGUCCUGAGAUAAACUUUUUUCACCUUCAAGGUGACCAAUUGAAGUAGCUAGCACAAGAUCCUGUUGAUUAUCAUGUGACCUGUAGUAAAUGGGUUAGAGUUAGCAUCAAAGCGAAGCAUGACGAGUGAACUGUUCCCUGUGUGGACACAGCUCAAUAAUGUACCAGAUUGUUGAUUUGACCGUUUCUAAAGUUUAUGCUACGCUAUACUGCCAGAAGUACUGGGUCAUCUGUCGCCACAGCCAUAUAAACUCGAGUGACAUCCCAUUCUUUUUUUUAAACAUGUAUUUAUUGAAAAUUUUUGCAAAGCAGGUAAGACAGAGACAUAAAUUACAAUACAAGCAACAGUGUACAGAAUACAGACAAUCCAAGCAGCACAAAAUAAAAUA